ACAGCAACAGCAGCAACAACAACAACACCAACACAGCCAUCACAACCAGCAGCAGCAGCAGCCGCGCAUCAACGGGAAACCGUUGCGCGGAAGCCAAGCCGCCGCUUGCACCGUCUCAUGGCCCGCUGUGACAUUCCUUCCUCUGGUGGCCCGUGCCGAGCUUCCAGAGGAUGCAACGCCCAUCGAGUUUAUGCAGGACAGGAGGCUGGAGUUCGUUGACUACUCGAAGCUCAAGCCCUUUACCCAAGAUUGGGAGAUGACGAAGGGCUCGUCGUCAUGGGCGAGCGCAGUCAGGCAAUGGGCCGAGAUGCAGGACGGCCAGAGCAUUCUUUUGACGACGCCGAGUGUCCUCGUGGGCUUCAGGGUCGAAGUCUAUCGGGCCGAGGGUACUACCCAGUGGUACACGGCCGUCAUCGUCGGAUACAACGAAUCUACGAAGGAUUUGACGGUGACGGACGACACUGUCCUCGAGGACCACAAUGAGGAUCCGUGCCUAGUGCAGAUGCGGCUAAUCGGCGACGGAGUCGUCGAGAGCAUCAUGAGGGGCGAAAACGUCGGCAUGACGCCUAGGAGGUCGAGGUCAUCGACUGCUCUGACGCACUCCUUGGUUAUGCCACGAACAGGAAGAAGAUCCCGAGGUCGUCCAGGUAGCGCAACCCAGUUGCAGACGACAUUGAGAUCACAUAGUCUUGUUUCUCAACAAAUAGAAAAAGAAAAGAGCAGUGUGCGCAACAACCGGAAGCGACGCAUAAGCGAGGGCUCGACACGGGAAAAGAGCGAGCCAUCGGAGUCGGUGCUACAGGCUCGACAAGAGGACCGCGAGAACAAAGGCCCGCUCUCGGGGAAGCCGGGCAACCGAACGCCCCGCACCGCCGUUCUCGAGGAGACGAACGUAUCGCCGGCGGUAGCCAAGCUCCGCCAGCGCCGCGUACCCGGAGUCAAGGCGAGCAGCCCCGUGGUCGUCGAGAGCGGUCUACCACAGCGUCCGGUGCGCCGGAAGACUCGCCUCGAGGCGAAGCUCGCCGACGAGGACUCGGAGAGUAACGAGGAGCACCAGGCCCAUCAAGCCCAACAGACCCACCAGCACCACCUGCGUAUACACAGGAAGGAGCGACUCCCGGCCAAGGCCGCCCCCAAGGAAGGGGAGCAGCCCGAUAGGGAGGAGAAGCCACGGGAGGAUCCACUUAUAAAGAGGCUGCGCUCGAGUCUCCUUGUGGACAAGGCGAAGAAGGAGGCGAGGGAAGAGUCGCGCAAGUCCAAGCCCGAGGAGCCGAAGCCCGAGACGAAGCAGUCCUCGAAGAAGUGCCCCGUCGUAAAGUCCGAGGAGGAGGAGAGUAGCGAGUCGAGAGAACGGGACCGCGAGCCCGAGCCGCCGCCCGACGUGGCCAGGGUCGCGGCCCAGGUCAAGUGCGAGCCGAAACUAAAGCCGAAAAAGGAGCAAGAGAAGGAACAGGUGCUGAAACAGGAGCGGGAUCAGGGGCAGGAGCGAGAACAGGGCCGGGAGCAGGAGCAAAAGCGGGAGCAAGAGCAGAAGCAGAAGCAGAAGCAGGAGCAGAAGCAGGAGCAGGAGCAAGAGCAGGGGCAAGUGAAGGAGAAGGAGAAGGAGCAGGAGCAAGAGCAGGAGCAAGUGAAGGAGAAGGAGAAGGAGCAGGACUCCAAACCGCCGAUCAAGCUCGAGCCCGAGAAUACAACGGACCGGGCCCCAGAGCUAAGCCUGAAGAAGGACCUCGCCGCGGAAGAGCCGAGGGAGGAGUCCAGGGCCAACGACUCGAAGCCCAAGGAGCUGCUGGUGGGGUCCAGCAGUCGCGAUACAACCACCGUGCUGGAGAGACUGAGUCCGCUGAGCGCCGGCGGCCGCAGCCUGCUCCUGCAACACCAGCAGGAGGAGCAGGAGCGAAGUCGGCACAACGAGAGUCCAGUUAUUCUCGUCGAACCUUAUCAGCAACAACAGCAACAGCAGCAGCCUCAGCCACAUCCUUUGCAUCACAGAACCUAUCAGGUGGAGCCGGUGCAUCACCACCAUCACCACCUUCACCACCCACACCAUAAUACUCACUUACUAAGCCAGACGAGCCUCCUAGAGGUGCAUCAACAACAACAACAGCAGCAACAGCAGCAACAGCAACAGCAGCAGCAGCAGCAGCAGCAACAGCACCAUCAUCAUCAUCAUCAUCAUCAGGUUCGAGGCGAUGACGGGAGUGGACUCAUGGAAGUCGAGGCUGGGCCCAUUGGUAUGGGUAGCGUACCGGGUAUUCUGCCGAUUGGCGCCGGUAAUAAUGUCCGGGCCGGUGCCGCGGCUGCCUAUGGUGACAGCGGCAGCGAUAGCGGGGUAAGCUCUUUGAGGAGCACCGGUUCCGGGGACGAACGCAGCGGAAGCCGCAGCUCGGCCUUGAGUGCCGAGGAGACAACGAGCGUCUCGUCCUCGACGCCAAAUUCGGUGAGUGGCCAGGCUUCGGCGACGCCCGCCAGGAUCUGGCACGUGCAAAGCGUCCAGCACACUUCCCUGCUGAUGGCCCAUCCUCAUGGUCCCGGUUCAGCGCCACCGGGAGCCGGUCCCCCACCGGGCUUGCAAGCACCGCCCGUCGGCUACCCGAGCAGCGCAGCAGGGCCCGGACCAGCUACCGGACAUCAUCAUCCCGGUCUCGCUCAGGAGCUCAUAUGGAGGCCGUCGGCGAGAUUCUUGCCCCUGCCGCCGAGUUUGCCGCAGCAGCCGAGCCUCGGUGAGGUCCUCGAGAGGGACAGGCACGAAAGGAUAUUGAGGUGA